AUGAUACUCAACGCCAUCUACAUCGUCUCCCGGAGAAAUUCCACAGAAUACAAGCCUGCUAAACGACGCACAAAUGACCCAGAUUCGACGGCGACUGCUCAACAAUAUUAUAACAUUGAAAAUGAAGACGAGUCAAACGCGAGGGUUGCCCAAUUUAUCCAACGCCUGACAGAGGGAUACUCGCCACCAAGGGUGGAUGUGCGUGCAGCGGACACGGAGGAGGAGGAUGAAGAAGAGCCACAUCCAACGACAAAAGAGAAGGAAGAACGGCCGCAACCCAAAUGUCAGGAGGAGGGAGACGUAGCCCAAGAUGAGGAGGAUUCGAAAAGUUCCGAUUCCGAAAGUUCAAUGCACAAAACAUUAAGCAGAGAGUCGAGCUUCUAUCCGUAUUUGAUGAUAACCUAA